AUGUCUCGUCCGCUCGCGGCCGACCCGCCUUUGGUCACAUCCGCAGCUCGUCAGGUCGGUUGCAAUGACGAUUGUCAAAGAUGCGCUCCUCAGUUUCGCACAGCCUACUCAGACGUCCUCGCCGAUGAGCAGGCGCAAGCCGCGAUCAAGCACCCGGGAGAUGAAGCAGCCGGUCUUUACAAGCAGCUGGGCCCAAAGGUCAAGAAAUAUGCUCCAUUGAUCUUCAGGGAAUGGAGCCAGGACAAGGCUUAUCGCGAGGCGCGCCUUCGCGAUGCACAUCGUCACGUUUUCGAAGGCAGGGGAUUCCCCAUCACAGCCUGCGAGGCCGGGAGACCCCGAUACGCUUCCAAAGGAACGAAUUACCAUCAAACUACGUAUCUGAUGCCUUCAUUCACGUUUGAGAACCUGGUCGACGACCCCGAAAGGUUUCUGGCGCUCCUGGAAGUUCGCUCCUCCUUUUCACCGGAAGAAUGGACGCAAUUCGACAGCGACCAGCACGAAACCGCGUUCAAGAACGGGUCUCUCCAGGCUGAUUACAAUCGACUUUGGGUGGUCAUGCAUGGCCCCCGCCGUGGCGACCUUGUGGAGUGGACCGCCGAUGCCGCGCAUUCUGGCAGGAUCAUGAGCUUCCCUCGCGCAAAGCCUGUCUUUGACGGUCAGGUGGAGUUGCUUCGGAUGCUGGAUCGCGUGGUCGACAGCAUUAUAUCAAAGUCACGUCCAUGCGACAAUAUUCCUGAUGAGAAGUCGCGUGAACACUUUGCAAAGCUGGAAGUGCUUCUGUCAAAGGAAGGUCUCCGCAACUCAGCAUUCUCGCCACCACCGGCAUUCGACCCGCCCGCCAUCAUCGAUUGUAUACGGUCAAGAUGCGAAGCCGCUGAGGACGAGGUCCGGCAUCUCCAGAGUGACCCGGACGCUCUGCGAGAGUGUCUGGAGAAAUCGCCAUAUCCUGGACAAAAUCCCAGUGACAAGAUCACCUAUCAGAUCAGUCUCAUCUUCCUGGUCGUCUCGCGUUUCCGCGCGUGGAAGUAUCUGUUGAAAGAGGCGGAACCUUGUUUUGUCGAGCUUGGGAAACCCAUCAAAGUUGGAAACAAGGGUUCACGCGAUUACAAUGCCGCGCUCACGAUCUUGGAGCGCGUUCUCGAGUUCUUCAUCAAAGUCCAAUGCCAGCACCUCAAGGGGGCUGUGGAGUUCUGUCCGGAGUUCAGCCAGACGAAGGAAAAACUCUGGACUUUGAAGCAGCAGAAUCAUGGCACGGCUGACUAUGACAUGUAUCGCAAAGACAAGCUCAUGUAUCACAUCGUGGCUAUCUGGCAGAAUGGACCGAACUCAGAGCCGCUGGUUUGGCAUCUGCGCGAGCUGUUUAAGCUGCCUGAUGACGACCUGAUGCGCCUUGAUCAGCGGAUGAUUGAUAUACUAUCGGAUAUGGCUGCCAUUGUCGAUGUUCUUGCUUCGCUCAGAUCUCGCUACCCACGAUGCAGUACCUUCUCGGAUGUCAUGGGCGACCUUGAAAGCCACAAUUCUCGACAUCUUGUGGCAAGACCUCGCAGGGACUCAGGCUAUGGCAGUAGCAGUGGCAGCGAUAAGUCCACUUGUUGCAAGUUCGCUCUGGGGUUUGCGGACAGAAACAUUCAGUGGGAUUUUCUGCUCAGGCAUUGCGUUCCGGGUCCCAAGGUUCUCAACGCGCUCCAGGCCCCUUUGCAGGACUAUCUGAAGCUGCCGAAUUCAACAGGUAUAGUCAGUGCCAAAGCCAUGCUCGACGCAGAGCGAAGUCACCUGGCCGUGGACACUCUCUGGAGCAAGCUGCGUGAUGGGACAGCUGUCCACCUCAAAGUGAACGGUGUCAAGGCCAGCGCAAUUUCUGAGAGUCUGGAGUGGCUAAGUGUUGCACUGACGGAGAAGCACAAGCUUGAAGUGGAGGCUAGAAGACAUGAAACCGAAUGCGCUUUGCGGCAGAAGGGUACGUUCUUCGCCAACGGGAGCGACGAGAUGGGAUCCAAGCUGACGUUCAACACAGAAGCAGACGCCAUCGCUGCCUCUCACCUUGACCAGGAGGAUGCUCCCAAAGUCGAAGAUCUGCUCGAGAUCGAAGAGCUGCUCAUAGUUGAUGAGCCCUUUGGAGAUGAAGAAGCGUCCGGGCUCAAAGAUCCGUCCGAAGUCGGAGAGCCGCCCGAAGUCGAAGAGCCGCCCGAAGUCGAAGAGCCGCUCGAAGUUGAAGAGCCCAAACUCCGCCCAGUACAUCCCAAUACUGCACCACAGCAUCAUCUCCAGCAGCCUGCGAGAAGUCAAGUCUCAUCAAUCGGAGAAAAGCGAAGCAAGAAAAAGAACAAACGCAAGACUCACGCCAUCGUCCCGAUCCCUACCAAUGGCCUUGCAUCGAUUCGACCUAAUACACCGCCACGAAUCGAAGUCAAGAAGUUCACUCUCCGAAUCUUCGGUUUGUUACUUGGUACCGGCACCAAAAUCCGUCUGCGGUGGACCGACUUCACAGCAGCGAUGGACGAUGCUGGAUGCACAGUGAUCGAAACUCAAGGAGGCUCGGCGGUCAAUUUCAAGCACCGGGCAGGCAUCGGGUCUCUCGUGAUCCACAAACCGCACCCCGGUUGUGUGCUUCGAUUUGACGUGUGCAGGGAGAUCAAAUCCAAAUUGCAGAGGAAGUUCGGGUGGACCCCGGAAAGCUUCAAGCUGAAGGGCAAGGAGGGUUGA